UUGAACAUUUUAUUGUCUAAUUUGAAGAUGUAUGCCAUACUUUAAUUUGUUUGAUAGAAGAAAGUAAGGCACAGAAAACUUGAGUACCUUAUUUUUAAAACUGCAUUAGGAUUAAAAGGUUAGCCCCUAUAUCCAAGUGUUGGUCUGAGAUCCCAUUUCUAGAAUUCUGAAAUCCAAAAAGCUCUGAAAAUCAAUAGUUAUUUUUCCAAAUGUAUUCAAUGUGGUAAAAUACACCAAUAUAAAAUUUACCAUCUUAACCACUUUUAAGUGUGUUAUAAAUACAUUCAUGCUACCAUCACUAGCAUCCAUCUCUGGAACUCUUUUCAUCUUGCAAAACUGCAAUUCUAUACCCAUUAAACAAUGACCCAUUCCCCUUUCCCCCUUUCCCCCUUCCCCCUUCCCCCUUCCCCUCAGCCCCUGGCAACCACUGUUUCUGUUUUUUAAAUAAGUUUGACAUUAAAACUAAGUUUGCAGCCAAACCUGACCCAAAUACAAGCUGGGCACCGUGGCUCAUGCCUGUAAUCCCAGCGCUUUGGGAGGCUGAGGCAGGAGGAUCACUUGAGCCCAGGAGUUUGAGACCAGUCUGGGCAGCAUGGUGAAACCCCAUCUUUACAAAAAAUACAAAAAUUAGCCAGGUGUGUGGCACGCGCCUGUAGUCCCAGCUACUCAGGAAGCUGAGGCGGGGAUGAUCGCUUGAGCAUGGGAGGCAGAGAUUGCAGUGAGCCAAGAAAAAAAAAAAUACCUGACCCCAAAAGGUAGGCAAUUAAUUUUACUCCUUAUUUAUCCCACUUGGAAUGUAUAAAGUAUAUUCAUAUAUUUCAUUGCAAACAUAUUAAUGUGUUUAACUACAGAGGUCUGCGCCACACCCCACUGGGAAUAUAGGAUAAUAUACAGUACUAUUACCUUUAAACAACAAACACUUUCUGAAUUCUGAAGUAUAUCUGACCUCUACAAUUUUGGUUAGGGAUUGUGGGACUUGUACUAUACUAGAAGUUACUAAUAUUAUUUUUUAUUCUGUUUUAGUUUAGUUGUACUUAAUAAGCUUAAAAUAUGAAAAUUCAUAUUUACAAAAUAUAAAUUAAGGAGUGACUACGCACUAUUCAACAUGUAGACAUCAACUUAAUCCCCAUUUGCAGAAAGAGAGCCCCGGGUCUUAUCUUACCCUACUUCUCCCAGAUCUUCUGUCUAAUCUUCACGAAGGAGCAAACCUCUAGGCCUGGGGACGGGCAGGCAGCUGCUUAGGGUAUGGACAUUUGUUUGUUAAACAGACUUGCAGCUGCCCUUCUAGUGUAGAGCCCCACCUCCAAACCUUCCAGUUUCUGAGAUUUAGGGUUUAUGCUGGGUAAUUUGUGUUGUUUCUUGGCUGUCUAUAAAUCAGAGGAUUUUUUUUUUUUUUUGGCCGAAUCAAUUAACACUUGGCCUUUUGCUCUCCAGUUUCCAAAAGCUCUUCCUUCACACCUUCUUACUUUUCCACAUCUUGUUAAGCAGUGAUAGUUAGAGAAAAAUUUCAAUGUUUCUUCAUUUGCCAAAAAUGCUGUUUAUAAGAUUAUUUUCUUUAUGUCCAUGAUAGUAAUGGUUUCUAGUGCAGCAAAGUGAGAUCGUGCUGGCUGUUUAUGUUACUCCCUUACAUUAUCACUAUCUUGUUCAGCCUUAUUUUUAUUUUAUUUAUUUAUUUAUUUGUUUAUUUAUUUUUGAGAUGGAGUUUCGCUCUUGUUACCCAGGCUGUAGUGCAAUAGCGUGAUCUUGGUUCACCACAACCUCUGCCUCCCGAAUUCAAGCAAUUCUCCUGCCUCAGCCUUCUGAGUAGCUGGGAUUACAGGCAUAUGCCACCACGCCUGGCUAAUUUUGUAUUUUUAGUAGAGACAGGGUUUCUCCAUGUUGGUCAGGCUGGUCUCGAACUCCCGACCUCAGGUGAUCUGCCUGCCUUGGCCUCCCAAAGUGCUGGGAUUACAGGCGUGAGCCACCGCACCCGGCCUGUUCAGUCUUAAUUUUUAGUAAAUCCCAAACUCAGGAUUAUCUUUUAAAAAAAUAGUUUAGGUUCAUAUACAAUUAUCAAGCACCUUCUGAAUAUCAGGCUGAUAUUGUGUUACAGCCUGGGCUGACAAAGAUAAAUAAGACACUAUCCAUGCCCUCUCACUUCCUCUAGUGAGAGGAAACAGAUACCCAAACAGUUUACUUUAAACUGUGGUUUUGAGGAAUACAUUGGGAAAAAUAGAACUUGUUGACUAGUUAAAUGUCAGCUAAAGAAGAGGGAAAGGACAGUGUGUAAGAUCGUCUCCAGGUGCUGCUGACCAUGUGAUCCUCCUUGAAACUCCCUCCCUGGGCUUCCCUGCAUCUUUCAGUGUUCUGUUUAAUUGUUGGUCAUUCAAUCGUCCUCUCCUCUGCUAGAUCCACUUGAGGGCACAGUCCUUAAAUGCUGGUGUCCUCAGGACCCCUUCCUCAGCUGUCUUCUCUCUUCUCUAUCUCCUUGUAGGGGAAAGGAUUUCCAAAGCUCUGAGCUCAGCCACCUCUCAUAAGGAACACACUCACGUUUCCUGGCAUCUAUUAGAUAGCUCUACUUGCCACAAGCCCUGUGCUGAAACCCCUACCCCCAAAGCUGCAUUGUCUUCCUGCAGCUGCUGCCUGGGACCUCUUAACAGAGGGAAAUGGAAGUGGACGGAUGCUUAUGCAGCCCUGUCCAGUAGGAAUAUAAUGCCAGCUACGUAUGUAACUUAAACUCUCUAGGAGCCACAAUGGAAGAUAAAAAUAAAUGAAAUUAAUUCUAAUAAUGUAUUAACCCAAUGUACCCAGCACACCAUUUCAACAUAUAACCAAUAUAAAAAAUUUUUUAAUAUCUCUUUUUUCAUACUGAAUCUUCAAAAUUCACUGUGUAUUUUUUAAAUUUUACUUUAUGUUUUUUAGGAGACAGGGUCUUGCUUUGUUGUCCAGGCUUGAGUGCAGUGGUACCAUCAUAGCUCACUGCAGUCUUGAACUUGCUGGCUCAAGUGAUCCUCCCACUUCAGCCCCCCAAGGAGCUAGGACUACAGGCACACACCACCACAACCUGGCUAAUUUUUGAAUUUUUGGUAGAUACAGGGUCUCACUAGGUUGCCCAGGCUGGUCUCAAACUCCUAGCCUCAAGUGAUCCUCCUGCCUUGGCCUCCCAAAGUGCUGGGACUACAGGCGUGAGCCACUGCACCGGGUCCGGGCACAGCGUGUUUGCAGUAGCCACAUUCCAAGUGCUCACUAGCCACAUGUGACCAGUGGUCCCCAUAUUAGCCAGUGCAGGUUAAAAUGAAAAAGGUAGCAUGUGAAGCUGGGCAAAUUAUGAUAGGAUACAGAGAUUGUGUCACUAUUUUUACCAUUUAUGUAUAUUUUCUGUUCCUUAUGGGUUCCCUCCUAAUAUUUAGAGGUCUUUGAAAUUCCAUUGUUUCUUAGCAGUGCUGAGAAGAAUGAGGAAAGUAUUCUUCCUCCACGCUGGGAAUGGAUUUUCAAGGGAGAGCAGCUCGUCUCCCACUCAGCCCUAUCCCAUCCCUAGAGGGAAAUCCCAAGGGGAAGGGGAAGUUCUCAGCACAGAGCCCCUCCCCACUUGGAUAGUCCCUUCCUAAAAGCUAACUGUGAAAUCUCUGGACUUUGUUUUAGAAGGAAAUCACACUUUCUUCAUAGUUUCUUUUCACAAUUUUAGUACCUUAGCUGACAGAAAUAGAAUUUAUUACUUUACAAUAAUUAUUAUAGCCAAAGCCACCAUAUAUUCUGCAUUUCCCAGGAUGGUGUCAAUUUUGAAUGUUGUUUCUUUCAGGCAGGCAUGGUGAAUUUUGGUUCAGAAAACAGGAUCACUCUGUCACGCUCUUGAGGGUGAACUGUUGGAGAGUCACUAUGGUGAUCAACCAAUGGGUACUCCCUAGUUCCUGGAACUGAGAACUUCAGUCUGGAUACUUCUCUAUAAAUGGUUUCGGUAGACUCUGCCACUUUCCCCAGGGAUCUGAAAGAGUUCUCCAAGAAGCCUCCACUUCUCAGGCGGCAACAGGGCAGGUACCUGGGCGGUAGCCCUUAUGCUACUGUUCAUAAAUCAAUCUGAGUUUUAUGGGUGCUUUUUCUGAGGAAGGAGAGAUUUAAAGUUAUGUAGCGGCAACAAAGCUUUCUAAUAAUAUUUUUGGCAGGCUGCUAAAGAAAGAUGAAACAAGAAAAGAUACAAGCCCUGGGAGAGUGGUGGUAGCCCUUGGGACGCCAGCCAGAUGUUGGUGCUCACAAAUCGGGGGAGACAAUGGCCUUUACUGUUGCCAUUUACAAUGCCGGGCAGCUCAUUAAUCAUCAGCUAAAAUGAUUUCACUUUCAGGGUCUAGGCAGGUCGGGGCUGGGGUUGGGGAGGGCUGUGGCAGGAGGCCUGGCUUCCAGGCCGGGGAAGUGUCCCAGAGACCCACUAGACGGGGCCCCUCCCCUCCGCUGCUCAGGGCAAAGGGCACCAGGAGGCGGAGCGGGGGUCGAGAUGGGAGUGGGUGCGUCACCCUUGUUUUCCGGGCUGUGAGUCUCCCAGCGUCCCCAGCUUUCCAGGUAGGGACGCCCCCUCCCACGCAGCACGGUUCCGGCGGGUGGAAAGGAGGGGCUGGGCUCCCAGCGCCCGCCCCUCUAUCCAUCACAUGGCCGGAGAGUCACAAAAACAACAGCUUUGGCCAAGACCGUGACUUCAGUAAAGGGAACCCGGGGCUCUCGCAGCCAGCCCUCCUGCCCAUGGAGGACAGUUUCCUUCAAUCUUUUGGGAGGCUGAGCCUCCAGCAGCAGCAGCAGCAGCGGCAGCGGCCGCCCCGGCCGCCCCCGCGGGGGACACCUCCUCGCCGCCACAGCUUUAGGAAACACCUCUACCUCCUGCGAGGCCUCCCGGGCUCCGGGAAAACUACACUGGCCAGAUGCUCAGAAUGGAGCAGUGGACAAAGGAGACAAAAAUCCCUGCCUUCAUGGAACAUGUAUUCUAUCAGAGAAAAAAAAUUCUCAAGGAAAAAAGGCAAUUUUAGCAUCUGCUCUGCUCUGUUCUCUCAAAAAAUAAGCAAAGGAUUUCACAGGUAUGCCACCGGAGGUAUAUAUCCCCAGGAAAUGUCCACAUACACACAAGAGUGUUCUAGGUACUUGGGAAUCAUCAGUGAACAAAACAAAGAUCCUGCCCUUGUGGACCUUAUGUGCCAGAGACAAUUGCAGCAUGACUUUCCCAGGGCCCUGAUUUUCAGCACGGAUGAUUUUUUCUUCAGGGAAGAUGGUGCCUAUGAGUUCAAUCCUGACUUCCUGGAGGAAGCUCAUGAAUGGAACCAAAAAAGAGCAAGAAAAGCAAUGAGGAAUGGCAUAUCCCCCAUUAUUAUUGAUAAUACCAACCUCCACGCCUGGGAAAUGAAGCCCUAUGCAGUCAUGGUAUUUCAGACCGAGCAAAAGAAUCUUUUCAGGCUGGAAAUGGACAUGGUAGUUUUCAGGCCAGAAAUGAAGAAACAUUCAUGGUGUCUCAAGAGAAAAAAUCCACCGAAUGAAAGAACGGUAUGAACACGAUGUUACUUUUCACAGUGUGCUUCAUGCAGAAAAACCAAGCAGAAUGAACAGAAACCAGGACAGGAAUAAUGCAUUGCCUUCCAACAAUGCCAGAUACUGGAAUUCCUACACAGAGUUUCCAAACCGGAGGGCCCACGGCGGAUUUACAAAUGAGAGCUCCUAUCACAGAAGGGGCGGUUGUCACCAUGGAUAUUAGAGGCCUAGCUUACAGCCAUGCAGAAUUUUCCUAAGUCAGUUUCUACUUCAAUUUUUGUUAUUUUUUGUUGCAUUUUAGUCAGAGCUCCAAUUCCAGUGUAAAUAGCUGAACUCAAAAGUUUCUGAGCAAAGUCAUUAUAUUCACUAUCUUCACCAAAAUUUGUUAAAGUGCUCCUAUAUGCAUGGUCUGAUGCUGGGAAUUCUGCAGAUUUGAGUAAACAGUCUCUUUCUCUAGGGUAAGAAUUUGAAACCAAAACUUGAGAACACACCCAAGAAUAUAUUUACAUAGGUUCAUAGAUGAAAUAAAGUGUUUAUAUUAUAUAUAAGCUUCAGUACCAUUUGCUCUGAAGUGAUCUAUUUAUUUUUUCAGGAAAUUCAUCUCCAUCGGUAAAGUUGGGAAGGUGGAGAGAAGUGGUGGGGGGCAGGAAAAGUUUUAGUGCCAUUGCUAUUUUGAUAAUCUAUGUAUCUAAAAAUGUGAGAUGUGCGACUCUAUGAUACUGAUUUUCCUUUAAUGUUAAUAUGCCAGAAAGCAUACAUCUAAGGGAACAUUGUCCUUCAAAGUAGACACUUUGGGAAGUUAUUUCUUUAUUUUAAUGAUGUAUCAUUGUUAAAAAUGCUGUCAAAUCCUUAAUAGCUAUAGGAGCUACUGAGGGAAAUCAGUGUCAUUAUUUAAAGUCACACCUUGUGUUUUUACUACUUUAUUCAGCAGGAUUAAACCUGAAUAACUUUUGGCUGUUGUGCUAAUAGUGUAAAUAAAAUAAGUCUGCCUUCAUAAAACACUAACUUUUAAAAGGAAUAAACGACUUCUAAAAUUAUGCCUAUUAACAUGUGUAAUUAGUUGGCAGCUCAAAUGUUUGGGAGUGCAAGAAAUUAGGCACCCCAGGAUAUAGGUCAUACAGGGAUAUAUAAAAGCCAUGCUCAUUACAAAAUGAGCAGUUGAUGUUUUAUGUGGCAUUAAGACAAUCAAGUCCUCACAACUCUGGAAUGUCUUCUUAUACUGAUGCUGAAUUUAUGAAUCCAAAUUAAUUUCCAACAGGUUGGAAUCAGAUUUAAUGUGAGAUCAUGAUAGACAAGACCACAGAGGACGUAUGCUCUAUUUCUUGUUGGCCAACAGCUUCUUUCUAACGUUCUGUGAAAAAUUAUUUUAAGUGUCCUAUAUAAUGGUGCUUUUAUGGUUAUUAAAAAUUGUAAAUGGUAUCACAUUUAUAUGGAUUUGUCAUUGGAUCUUUUUUUGGUUCAACAAUAAAAAAAUUUAAUUACCUAAA